GCUAAAUCCCACCUACUCGUUCUUCUCUCUCGGUGCCCGGCUUCAGCUUCUUCUCUGUCAGGCCGCGGUGUGCAUUACUUAGUCCUGCCGGUGAACAUGAUGCGGAAAGCGCUGAUACUGUGCGCGGUGCUGUGGGCCGGGGUAUCUGGGGAGGUGGAAGACAAUGGGGACCCACACCAGAAGCAUCUGUACUCGGCUGAUAUGUUCACUCAUGCAAUCAAGGAAGCGCCGCAUUUCAUCAUGUUCUUCGCUCCCUGGUGUGGACAUUGCCAGCGUCUUCAACCAACAUGGAAUGAACUUGGUGAUAAAUAUAACAACAUGGCCAAACCACCGCUAUAUAUUGCAAAAGUAGAUUGUACAGUGGAUAGUGCCAUAUGCUCUGAAAAUGGUGUUCGAGGAUACCCCACUUUAAAACUGUUUAAACCAGGCCAAGAAGCUGUGAAAUACCAGGGAGCAAGGGACCUUCAGACUCUGGAAACCUGGAUGCUCCAGAACUUGAACACGACACCAGAACAACCAUCAGCACAACAAGAGCCUCCAAAAGCUGCAGAACCCAAACAGGGCCUGUAUGACUUGACCGCAGAGAACUUCAAGGAACACACAGCUAAAGGAAAUCAUUUUAUUAAAUUCUUUGCCCCUUGGUGUGGUCACUGCAAAUCUUUGGCCCCUGUCUGGGAACAGCUAGCUGCCUCAUUUCAGAAUUCUGAAACUGUCAAGAUUGAAAAGGUUGACUGUACUCAACAGAGUACGCUGUGCUCUGAAUUCCAAGUGCGUGGAUAUCCCACUCUGCUUUGGUUUAGAAAUGGAGAGAAGGUGGACCAAUACAAGGGGAAAAGAGACUUUGACUCUUUAAAAGAAUAUGCUGAAAACCAACAGAAAGCACCAAAUGUAAAGGAGGAAGACAAAGUCCCACCAAAAACCGAGGCGCCAGCAGCAGUGGAAUCCAAGGUCCUCACUCUUUCUGAAAGUAACUUUGACCAGACUGUUGCUACAGGUGUAACUUUUAUAAAGUUCUAUGCCCCAUGGUGUGGUCACUGUAAGAAUCUAGCUCCUAUCUGGGAAGAUCUUUCCAAGAAAGACUUUCCUGGUCUGACUAAUGUAAAGAUUGCCAAGGUUGACUGCACAGCUGAGCGUGCUCUGUGCAACAGAUUUUCAGUCCGUGGUUAUCCAUCACUGCUACUUUUCCGCGCUGGAGAAAAAAUAAGUGAGCAUGAAGGAGCCAGAGAUCUGGAAACUCUACUGAACUUUGUUCUCCGUCACUCCAAGGACGAACUAUAAAACCAUCCUUAACCCUAUGGGUUUGCACUGUCUGGUCUGAAAAUAUUACUGAAUUUUUAUGCAGUGCUUCAGUGAAUUAACAAUCACUGAGCGAUUAGUACUUCCUGGGUGUAACAAAGGAAUCUGUUGCCCAUCUUCAGAAGAAGAAACAAAUGCAGUAUAAUGUCUGUUUUUCAUAAUUGUUACAGACAUCUAUAAAGAUUAUCUCUCAGGAUUUUUUUUUUUUUUUUGUCAUACCACUAUUAUGGACCAUUUUCUCUUGAGGAGAGCUUAGUAGUUAUUGUAUUCCCUGUAUGAAAAACAACAAAAGUAUUGUGUUCUGUGUACCAUUAUUUUGAAGAAGUUAAUUAUUUUUUCUUAUGAAAAACAAGUGACGUGAAGUGCCUUACUUUUGGGAGUGGGAGGUGAUAAUAUGGGAUCUUGUAUUUCCAUCUGCACAUAUGUGUGCUGGGUUUUUUGUUUUGUUUUUAAAUCCAGGCUGUUCUUUUUUUCCCUAUAUAUUUACCACUAAUUUUCCUAUUUGUAGGUGCUGGAUAGGCUGAGAGCCACAAACAAGUUUCAUUUAUGUAAAUGUCCUUAUAUAACACCAUUUCUAGGCUGGAAACUGGCUGCACCAUUAAAAGCAGUUCAAACCAA